AUCCUACCCAUUACUACUUUUCCUAGCACUAAACCAAACCAAGCUAGCUAGAUCUGCUUCUUCAAUUCACAGAAAAAUGGAAGCUCUCCUCUCCCAAUUCACCUUCCUCUCAGACCAGGCUUUACAAGACAAGAACUUCGAUCCAUCCACCAUUGAAGAUCUCAUGAAGCUAUUCGAGAUCGAGUCAUACAAGGCAUGGGCAGCAGCAGAGCUCGAGCAAGACCAAGAACUGGAAGAAGCUGAGGCUGCCAUGGAACAAGCUGAGAACUACCUCGAAUCGGCCAUGGAAAGCGCCAUGGAUGAGUUCAGACGCUUUGAAGAAGAGCUUGAGAGGAUGUCAAGAGAUGAAGUGGACAGCUUAGUUCAAACUGCAGAGAGCGCCAGAAAAAUGGGGAACUUGAUGGAGAAAGCUGCUUCUGUUGCUUCCAAGAGGUAUAUUGAGGCUGCACUCAAUUCUGCAACUGCUUCUAUGAAAUCUGCUUGGAGAGGAAUCUCUUCUGGGAAGGUUCAUCCUUCUUGAAUCUUGAUCCAUGGUGGAAGAAAUCCAUGGCAAUUUGGAUGGAUCUUACACAGUACUUGUUUACAUUUCCAGCAAUUUAAUUUAUGUAUGUAUGUAUUUACCUCUUGUUUCUUACUAGUUAGUAUUACUCUUUGAUUCUGAUUCCUGAACUAAUUGAGGAGAUGAAUAUCUUCAAUUAAUGUUACUUUUGAACUUAAUCUUUAAUUGAAUGUUUGGUUUCA